AUGCCUCUUCGUCAAGUUUUCGCUACCAAGCCAGUUGAAUCAACUCCAGUUACAGAACCAGAAAAAACAACUCCUGAACCUGUCGCUGAUGAUGCUUCAGAAAUUCCUGCUGAUCCUGCUGCUCCAACUGAACUUGAAAGAAGCGCCACAAUGGUUUAUGCUGAAAAAUACAGAUUGGUUGGUCCUGUAAUAAAAGCUGCUAAUCCUUAUUUCAAUCCUCCAUUUCAAUUUGUCAAAACACAUACUGGUACUGUUGGUAAAAGAUUAAUAGAUUCUGUUGAUAGCUUUGGUGUUACAGCGUUAAAAUCAUUAGAAACUCAUAUUCCCUUUGGCUCAAAACCAAAGACAGAGCCUGAAACUGAAAUUCCUGUUGUUGAUGAGACUGAACCUGCUGUUGAUUCCCAAACAGUUAAUAAAAAUUAA